AUGCUUUUGCUUGAACCUGCAAACCGCAUUAUCGCGGAUCUCUUGACCGAAAAGUUCAACAAGUGAGAGAACGAGACGAUCCGGCACAUUGGCCCCGAGCGCCGAACCCGGUGUGCAGGCUGCCUUGCCCUAGGCCGAGACUCUGAUCCCCGUUCUCGUUGGCUCCACAGACCUUCGGCCCUCGAUCAGGCCUUUGUUGACUUUGACUCGGUGCGAUACCAUCUGUCGACGCCGGUCAAAAAGACCCAGCUGCUGCUGUCUAUGGACAUCCCGUGCUGGGCUGAACUGGUCCAGCAUGGCGCCGACGAUUUGAUCCAACGCGAGUACGGCGCCUACAUCACCCAGACCGAGCACGAGUACGCCCUGUCUUUGCUCAUUGACGUCGACAACCUACCACUCGAUCAGGGUCAGUCGCCCCGGACCAGACGUCCCUCGAGCAGCUCUGGCCUGCCCGUAUGUGCGCUAACCUUGCCCCCUACCAUCGUUGCAACGACGGUUCCCGCGCUACUCAGAGGCCCGUGUCGAGUUGAUCAAAUCGUUCUCACUGUUAAAACGCAAUGCCUUGGCCGCCCCGUUCGAGCGCGCGUUCACUUUGCAGAAGCAGCUUGACGCCAACCCCCCCACUGCCGACGCGCCACCGACCAAGGAACCCGUCAUGGCCGUCCAUUACCGGUUAGUGGUCGACACAGCCUAUAUUUCUGGAUAGAGCCACCCCGCAGUGGCCGUCGGCCGAUGGCACUUGAUCGCUACAUCACUGAGCGCCGACACUUUCGUUUGUGACUGAUCCAUGCCCCACCCCGCUUGCUCGUCCGCAGGCCUGAAGAAGCCAUCUACAUUCAGCCUUCGAUCGAUCGUGUCACCGUCAUCUUCUCGACCAUUUUCAAAGAAGAAACCGACCGCAUUUUUGGCAAAGUCUUCUUGCAAGAGUUUGUCGACGCGCGACGUCGACCAAGCUGUCAGACGGCGCCCCAGGUGCUCUACUCGAACCGCGAACCGCCGCUGGAGAUUCGCCAUCUACCAGGCCUAGCCGACGGCGAGAACGUUGGUUACGUCACUUUUGGUGAGCCGGAUGCAUUGUGUGACUGCGCACUGUAACGUCGCCGCGACACCUCGUUUACGCGGGCAAGACUCAUCGAAUUUUGUUCGGAUCUUACGACAGUCCUCUUCCCGCGACACUUCUCAAGCCCAUUGAUCGCCUCGGCCUCGAUUACUCAAAUUCAACUGUUCCGCGACUAUCUUCACUACCACAUCAAGUGCUCAAAAGCCUACAUGCACUCACGAAUGCGCCUGCGCGGUGCCGAAUUUCUGAAGGUCUUGAACAGGGCUAAACCGGAUCAGGCUGCGACCGGUGUUGAAAAGGAGCGCAAGACCGCAAGGUCCGUGAUGACUGGUCGUGAUGUUCUGCUCCCUUGUCUUUCCAUACACUGA